AUGGACGAAGAUUCAGACUCCGAAGGCCAAGAGGGCGAAGAGAAUCUCCAGGUCCUUGCCGUCAACAUUGACCCAGAAGAGGAGAACGCGGUGGCUCAAGAAGAGUUCCAGCCCGGACAAGAUGUCGGCAAGAUCCCCAAGGUCUCGAAAGAUGUCCAGAAAUCGAUAAAGGCUUCAAAGGAGGAACCCGGCGUUGUCUAUAUUGGACGCAUACCCCACGGUUUCUACGAGUUCGAAAUGAAGCAAUACUUGUCCCAAUUCGGUCCCAUCUCACGACUCCGCCUAUCGCGCAACAAGAAGACGGGUGCCAGCAAGCACUUUGCCUUUGUCGAGUUUGCCGAGGCUAGCACGGCCGAGAUUGUCUCCAAGACUAUGGAUAACUAUCUUCUUUUUGGACACAUUCUGAAGUGCAAGGUUCUCUCCAAGGACCAGAUCCACGACGACCUGUUCAAGGGAGCGAACAGGAGAUUUAAGAAGGUGCCAUGGAACAAGAUGGCCGGCCUGCAGUUGACAAAGCCUCAGACUGAAUCAGCCUGGGAAGCCAAGGUCUCCAGAGAGCGAAACAACCGUGCAAAGAAGGCUGCCAAACUACAGGCACUGGGAUAUUCUUAUGAGGCCCCCGCACUGAAAGACGUUCCGGCACCCGCACCCGCGGCAAUUGAGAAUGGAGAGGAGGCCAAGGCGAUUGAGGCUGCUCCUGAAACAACACCCGAGGAGAAGCCAGCGGAGGAGUCCGAGAAGGUGGAAGCUGAAGAGAAGCCUUCAACCCCGGCGAAGACAAAGGCCACUCCGGUAAAGAAGGCGGCGGCCAAGCCCAAGACGCCCAGGUCAACCAAGGCCAAGAAGGCCAAGGCUUAA